GUCGUGCCGUCGACCUGCAACUCUCUCAAUGUCGACCGACAAAGGUGGAGAGAACUAGGAGCCAAGUCCGAUAUUUCCCAGAUAUCUGACAAGAUUGGAGAGACUUACCUCAAGCUGGGCGCCAAGAUGAGCUUUACGUGCGCCCCUUACUUGCUCGAGACUAAGCCUGGAGCUGGAGAGCAAAUAGGAUGGUCCGAAUCUAACGCUGUAGUGUUCGCAAACAGUGUGCUAGGAGCACACACGCAGAAAUAUCCUGACUACAUGGAUGUUUUCAUUGCAUUGACUGGCAGGGCACCGUAUGGCGGAUGUCAUGUACCAGAGGGUAGGAAGCCAGAGAUCAUAGUUAAGGUCCCCCAAUUUGACACAUUUGAUGUGUCGCUCUUUGCUCUUGUUGGCUACAGCAUUGGACAUGUAGUUGCCGCCAAGAUUCCCUUCAUCAUUGGUAUGAAGACAACACAUCCUACCGCAUCAGACCUGAAAGCCUUUGGGGCAGGCUUUGCAACAACUUCAUCUGCUCCCAUGUUUCACAUCAGCAGCAUCACGCCAGAGGCUGCGAGUUUCGAAAACACACUCGAGGGUUUGGAAAUCGUCGAGGUGACAGCCUCUGAUCUUCGACUGGGUUGGAGACAGCUCAACACAGCCACGGACUCCUCCGUCGAUAUCGUCUCUCUAGGAAGUCCGCACUUUUCCCUAGAAGAAUUCUCUCAACUUGCCGAAGAGUGUCGCGGCAGAAAGAAAGCACCCGAUGUCGAAGUGAUGAUCACCACCGGUCGCGGCACCUACAAAGAGGCCCUGGAUCUCGGGUAUUUGGACGUCAUCGAGAGCUUCGGUGCCCGGUUGAUAACGGAUACGUGUUGGUGCAUGAUAGAAGAGCCGGUAGUUCCUCUGAAGGCAAGAAAUACUAUGACGAACUCAGCUAAAUAUGCUCACUACGGUCCUGGAAUUGUCGGCAAGAAGUUUCACUUUGGAGACAUUAUCGCGUGUAUCAAUGCAGCGCGUAGAGGUCAUAGACUAGAAGACGAGAUCAGCCCCGGGUGGCUUUUCCGAUGAUUCAUAGAUGAUAGGCA